AUUAUUACCUACGCGCAUUUCAUUUGCCCGUCCCCUAGCAACGUCGUUUGUUCGAUAGCAGUCGCCGUCGACAUGUUCUGGGGCUUGACUCCGUCCCUCGACAUCCUCGGCCUCUACAUCGAAGAAAACGAAACUCUGCCCGCCGAAGUGAACGUCCUUCUCGUAGGAGGUGCCGACGCCCGCCACAUCCUCCACACCCUGGCCCGCAGAUACCGUCAUGCCCCCACCAAACUCAACUUCUACGUCGCCGAAGCGAGCCUCGAGACCAUCGCCAAACAGCUGCUCCUUUUGAACGUCUCCUUCCAGCAUCCGUCCGUGUUGGGUCUCAUACCGAAAGCGAAGAUCUUCAUGGAACUGUACGGAAACGCCCUGGUGCGACCGUCGGUGGCCAAAUUUCUCACCGCUACCGCGACAGAAAUGGUCAAAAUGGUGACCGAUUACGACUACUUGGCGAAAGUAAUGCCCUUUGUCAGUCUAGAAGUCAAAUACAAAGAACGCGACUAUCUGGAAAAUUUGUUCAAGUUUUGGUGCGGCCGCGAUGACUUUGACAUCUGUGACAGCUGGGAUCGACGUUUACGCAAGAACUUGGGCGUUCGGUACGACUCUAGAUUAGGUGCCUUCGACUGGGACCUUCACAUGAGGUUACAUUCGAUCGGAGGGCGGCAGAUAUGCAGCCAGGAAUAUCGCAAUUUUCGUUCGACGGGAGUGGCCUUCAGUUGGUUGGAAUCUGAGGUGUCCAAGCCGAACCGUUCUAUGGUAUGCGUGGUGAUUCCGAACGGAGAGAAGUUCGUCCAUUGUGGAUAUUUGGGGGAGAUGAGCACCGGACCUUUUGUAGCUUACGGCUUAGAGUGCGAAGACGAGAACUACCUGAAGCACACGAACGGCCAAAACACGUACAGAGCGACGGACGUUACGGAACGCAAUCUGUGCCAGAUCUUCCACGAGAUUCAAUACGGAGCAGAAUACACUCAUCGAACGACGUCGGACGUGAAGUUGGGGCCGGUCGUUAUGAAUUUAGGCGAAAAACGCGUCAUCGAUAUAAAGGCUAGCGAAAGCGAAAAAGUUGCGACGAAUCGUUGUUUCGAAUUGGAGAACGUAAAAAUUACGUUCAUUUCGUUGUCGUCGCUGCCGCUCAUGAAGCACAAGAGCGACUACAGGGAAUUUUUUCAUGUUAUUUAUUUCGGAUGUUUUUACGUGAAGCACUUGUGUAAAGAACUCAUCAGCCACGUGGCUGCCGCACGUGCGCUAAUUUUGAUCGAGAAUCAAAAGUUUGUGGUAACACAUAGGGAGAAGGAACUUCGUGAAUUUGACGAGGAAAUUAAAAAAGCUUUAGAUGGAGCUCCUCGCAAGGAAACGGCCUUUGAUCCGUGUCAGGAUAAUUUUGCAAAGUUUGUUAAACUGUAAAUAAACCUGCUUGCUUACUGUUAAUCUUUAUUUCUGUUUUUUCUUCAAUAAUACAGUUUU